ACUGGAGAAAUUUGAAAAGAAAAAAAAAUACCAAGCAGGGUCCCGCCCACAGCUGUAGGCGGGGCCCAGUUGCCCAAUAACACCUUCCAGUGAGAGGGCGGGCUCGGUUAGGGGCGGGGUCAAGAGCCCGCUCGGGUGACUGGCACCUAGCAAGUAUCGCGGGAAGAUGGCAGGGGCACCGCUCACAGCGCUUAGAAAUCACUAUGGUGACGGGAAGGUCGGGAGGCUAUUUGGUAACUGGUCUGAGCACUGAGAGCAAUCGCCACCGCUUUCCUGGAACUUGAGUGAAUACAGUCAAGUGGUAUUUCAAAUUCCUCUGAAACUGGAGACAUGAGACUGAAGAUAUCGCUCUUAAAGGAACCAAAGCAUCAAGAAUUAGUGAGCUGUGUGGGCUGGACCACGGCAGAGGAGCUGUACUCCUGCAGUGACGAUCACCAGAUUGUGAAGUGGAACCUGCUCACCAGUGAGACCAGCCUGAUAGUCAAGCUGCCCGAUGACAUCUACCCGAUAGACCUUCACUGGUUCCCCAAGAGCUUAGGCAUAAAGAAGCAGACGCAGGCCGAGAGCUUUGUCCUGACAAGCUCUGAUGGUAAGUUUCAUCUGAUUUCCAAGUUGGGAAGAGUGGAAAAGAGUGUGGAAGCUCACUGUGGGGCUGUGCUCGCCGGAAGAUGGAAUUACGAGGGAACUGCAUUAGUGACAGUUGGAGAAGAUGGACAAGUGAAAAUCUGGUCAAAGACGGGGAUGCUCAGAUCAACUUUAGCUCAGCAAGGAAUACCAGUGUAUUCGGUAGCCUGGGGCCCUGACUCAGAAAAGGUUCUUUAUACAGCAGGCAAACAACUCAUCAUUAAACCUCUUCAACCAAAUGCUAAAGUUUUACAGUGGAAAGCCCAUGAUGGCAUCAUUUUAAAAGUCGACUGGAACUCAGUUAAUGAUCUUAUUUUAUCUGCUGGUGAAGACUGUAAAUAUAAGGUUUGGGAUAGUUAUGGCCGCGUGCUGUAUGGCUCCCAGCCCCAUGAGCACCCGAUCACCUCAGUGGCCUGGGCUCCAGAUGGGGAGUUAUUUGCUGUUGGAUCGUUUCACACUUUACGCUUGUGUGAUAAAACUGGGUGGUCAUAUGCUUUAGAGAAGCCCAACACUGGCAGCAUCUUUAAUAUCGCGUGGUCAAUCGAUGGCACUCAGAUCGCCGGAGCCUGUGGAAACGGGCAUGUUGUCUUUGCACAUGUGGUGGAGCAGCGCUGGGAGUGGAAAAAUUUUCAAGUAACGCUAACGAAGAGAAGGACCAUGCAGGUUCGCAAUGUUCUCAAUGAUGCUGUGGAUUUGCUGGAGUUCCGGGACAGAGUCAUUAAAGCAUCUCUGAACCACGCACACUUGGUUGUCUCGACGUCUCUUCAGUGCUACGUGUUCUCUACAAAGAACUGGAAUACACCGCUUAUAUUUGAUCUCAAAGAAGGAACUGUUAGUUUAAUUCUGCAGGCAGAAAGACAUUUCCUUCUGGUGGAUGGUGGUGGUAUCUACCUGCACUCUUAUGAAGGACGCUUCAUUUCUUCUCCAAAGUUUCCUGGCAUGAGGACAGACAUCCUGAACGCUCAGACCGUGUCUCUGAGCAACGACACGAUAGCGAUAAAGGACAAAGCUGACGAGAAGAUAAUCUUCCUCUUUGAGGCAUCAACUGGAAAACCCCUAGGGGAUGGGAAACUUCUCUCUCAUAAGAAUGAAAUCUCAGAAAUUGCUCUGGAUCAGAAAGGACUUACCAAUGACAGAAAAAUUGCUUUCAUUGAUAAGAACAGAGAUCUCUACAUCACCUCAGUGAAACGAUUUGGGAAAGAAGAACAGAUUAUUAAACUUGGAACCAUGGUACAUACUUUGGCAUGGUGUGAUACAUGCAAUAUCCUCUGUGGACUUCAAGACACGCGAUUCACAGUGUGGUAUUACCCUAAUGCCGUUUAUGUGGACAGAGACAUUCUGCCUAAAACACUGUAUGAGAGAGAUGCAAGUGAAUAUAGUAAAAACCCACAUAUAGUGAGUUUUGUUGGGAAUCAGGUGACUAUAAGAAGAGCCGAUGGCUCCCUGGUGCACAUCAGCGUAUCCCCGUACCCCGCCAUCCUCCAUGAAUAUGUGAGCAGCUCCAAAUGGGAAGAUGCUGUGAGACUUUGCCGCUUUGUUAAGGAGCAAAGCAUGUGGGCCUGCCUGGCGGCUAUGGCGGUUGCUAAUCGCGACAUGGUAACUGCAGAGAUAGCCUAUGCAGCAGUUGGUGAAAUUGAUAAAGUUCGGUACAUCAAUGCUAUAAAAGAUCUUCCAUCUAGAGAGUCAAAAAUGGCCCACAUACUAAUGUUUAGUGGGAACAUCCAGGAGGCUGAAACAGUGCUGCUCCAGGCUGGCCUCGUGUACCAAGCCAUACAGAUCAACAUCAAUCUCUAUAACUGGGAAAGGGCACUGGAAUUGGCUGUAAAAUACAAAACCCAUGUUGAUACAGUUCUUGCUUAUCGUCAAAAGUUUUUGGAGACAUUUGGUAAACAGGAAACUAAUAAACGAUAUUUGCAAUAUGCAGAAGGUCUCCAAAUAGACUGGGAGAAAAUCAAAGCCAAAAUUGAGAUGGAAAUUACUAAAGAACGAGACCGAUCAUCCAGCGGCCAGUCCAGCAAGACCAUGGGCCUAAAGCACUGAGGGCCACGCUGACCUCUAAGCUAGUCCGAACUAACCAAAGAUGUGCAUGUUUGUUUGCUUUUUAAAAGGGGGCAUAUUUUAAGGCUGGUGCUUCCUGUCAUGGGAGAGCACUUGCCUAGCAUGCUUGAGGCCCUGGGUUUGACCCCCAGUACUGUCAAAAGAAAAAGGCAUUGUGUUUGACUCAGUGCAUGCACUUUCUGUGUAUUUGAUACUUACGGUACAUUCAGGAAGGUUAAGCACAAAAAUCACAUAUAAUUCCAUCCUUUAUAUUUUUCUAGUCUAAUAAUUAAGAAAAUGUUUCUAUAUGCUUAUCUAUGCUCGAGGAGUGCUCGAGGAGAACAUUCCAGGGUUCUCUUUUCCUUUUCUUUAUUUCUGGUUCUUCAGGAUGAAUAGGUAUUCUUAUAAUAAAGCCUUGAGUUAUUUACAAUGUAUGUUAUUGUUAAUUUCUAUUUGAAAUACAAACUGUAAAGUACCUCCCAUCUUUAUAAAGCAAAAAUACAGGAGAAAGGGUUCGGGGAAAAUGUUACAAUGUAGAUAGUUUAUGCUGAAGUUGAUAGUUCAAAUAGCAAAAGCUGGGAACAGCUCUGAUGUCCAUCAGCUGCAAUGAGAUAAAACCAUGUGGUAUUCACAGGCAGUGGAGUUAUUCUCUCAUAAAAGGAUCGAGCUGUGCACACGCCGCAGUGAAUGAGCCUUGGAGAACUUCCACUAGGUGAAGUAGACCAGACGUGCACAGCCAUCAGUCCUGCGGUGCUUACACAGGCACCUGGAAUAUGCAAGUUCUUCCAGUCAGAAAAGAGACAAGAGGGACAGUCACUGGAGGAGGGGAACUCGGGAUUGCAUUGUGUAAUGUGUGCAAGUCCUCUUAGGGGUGAGAGAGUUCUAGAAAUGGAUAGAGGUGAUGGUUGCAUAACAUUGUGAAUGUUGUAAAUCUCCGUUGUACUCUUUAAAAGGAUUAAAAUGAUAAAUUUUGUUUCCAAGUUUUCUUUUGUUUUUGUUUUUAUUUACCAUAGUGAAAAAGUAGGCAAAUUGCUUUUUUUUUUUUUUUUACCCUAUUGACAAAGUGGACAAACUGCAUUUUAAUUUUCCCUGACUUCAGAAUAUUUGUGCCAAAGACUUAGAGUCUGAAUUUUCAAAACUCUCUUCACUGGAUGAACCUGUUUGUCUGGCUUUAAUGGAUCUGCAAAUCUCCAAAAGCUUUUUAACAGUGACACAGACAUCCCUCUAAAAUGCCCUUGAGCCUGCUUUUGGGAUUGGUGCAUUACCCAGCUCAUGCACACGCUCUUGGAAAACACGGCCCCUUACCCUCCACUGUCAUUUCUCAUGUAGGUUUCCUUCCUAGAAAUGCCCCUGGUUCCCGAUAUGUACCUUUUCUUUUAUGAAAUGUUGGACUGUUCAAUUCUUAGUUCAGAGUUUGGAUACAUGGAUGCAUUCAAUUCAUGAAAUCUGAGGAGUUGACUUAUAUGUUAUACAUGCUUUCUACAUUGUUAAAUUUCAGUGUAAUGUUUCAAAAAUAAAAAAGGGUUAAAUUUUAUGUCUAGUAUAUUAAAAAAGAAGUCUGUUUGUGUUGUUUGAUAGCUAACGAUUCACUUCAGGCUUGACACUGCCUACUAGAGUCGGCGGCAGUGGACACCACAGGCCACAGAUGGCGGCUGGGCUGCCCCGAGUCCCCAGGCUAUCUGCACUUGUGUUUGACAUGGCUGUACCUUGGAGGUUCCCAUAAAUCCCUCCUUUUCAAGUUGAUAACUCAGUAGAGUCAUCUGUGGAACUCUCUGAAGGGCUUUCCUGAGGUUCGAUGUGGAAGGACAAAUGGACGUGCAAGCAGGUACCCAGAGGAAGCACAGAGAGCAAGCCCGGGGAGGAAGGGCACGGUCAGAGCUUCCUCAUCCUCACUGCGUGAAUUCAGAAGAUAAAAAAGUCUUCUCCAUUCAUGAAAGUGUUCAGCAGGACGCAUCUUCCAUGAAUCUGGCUGUCUUGGGUUUUCUCAGUUUUGUUUUUUAAAAUCAAGGUUUAAUUGUAUAUGCAUAAUUGAUUAAAAUGUUUAUUUCGGUCUUGUAA